GCACGGUUUCGUUGCAGUGCAGUCUCCUUCAGCUCGCCCUCCAACCGGUGACGCCUGCAUCUGCUAGUGUUGUGAGGAACAUCUCCAAUAAAGUCACUUUAGUUGAUCACUAGCACCAUCUUCAUCAGUUACAAUGGCCGUGCCUCCCGCUUAUGCUGAUCUGGGCAAAUCUGCCAAAGACAUCUUCAGCAAAGGCUUCGAAUUUGGCUUGGUGAAGCUCGACGUCAAGACAAAGUCAGCCAAUGGAGUGGAAUUCAAAACAACUGGUUCCUCCAACACUGAUACCAGCAAAGUUAGCGGCACCCUGGAAACCAAAUACAAGAGGCCUGAAUACGGUUUGACCUUCACUGAGAAGUGGAAUACUGACAACACCUUAGGAACUGAAAUCACUGUUGAAGAUCAGAUUGCAAAGGGACUGAAGUUGACAUUUGACACAACCUUCUCACCCAACACUGGCAAAAAGAGCGGCAAAGUUAAGACCGCCUACAAGCGCGAGUACAUUAACGUGGGCUGUGAUGUCGACUUUGACUUUGCUGGCCCAACGAUUCACGGAGCCGCUGUUGUCGGCUAUGAGGGAUGGCUUGGCGGUUACCAGAUGAGCUUCGACACUGCCAAAUCCAGAAUGAUCCAGAACAACUUUGCCAUUGGUUACAGGACAGGAGACUUCCAUCUACAUACCAAUGUCAAUAAUGGAUCUGAGUUUGGUGGCUCCAUCUACCAAAAGGUCAGCAAUAAGUUAGAAACGGCCGUCAGCCUGGCAUGGAGUGCAGGCAACAACAGCACGAACUUUGGCAUCGCAGCCAAAUACCAACUGGACAAGGACGCCUCCGUCAGCGCUAAAGUGAACAACAAUAGCCUUGUUGGUGUGGGAUACACUCAAACUCUUAGACCGGGUGUGAAGCUCACUCUCUCCGGUCUGGUUGAUGGAAAGAACAUCAAUGCAGGCGGCCACAAGCUGGGUCUGGGCUUAGAGCUUGAAGCCUAAGGUUUCCUCAUGCUACAACGAAGCAGAGAAUAUCAGAAGAAUCAGGCCUUAACGUUAUGCUCCACUCAAACUAGCAAAGGGAGACCAUGGAGAGAUCCAUUCAGACGGCGACAGCAACAAACUCUUGAAGUACCACUUCAAGCUGGUGCUUUUAUCUCUGGAAUAUUUGACCUUUUUUGUUGCUUUUCACUUUGUAUCUGUUCAAUAGCCAGUUGUUGGCAUAUUAUUUAUAAACCAUGCCAUUGUUCUUGUCCAUCACUGCCAUAAUAAUUUGAAAACAAUACAUCUAUAUGUCACCAACUCUGUGUGGAUUUCUUGUGAAAAUCCAAGACGCUUCAUAAUUUUCCCCUUUUAAUGUGAGAAGAAAAAAAUUGUUUCCUGAGCGUUGUCAUACUGUCUGAUUUUUACAUUUAUGAGCACGUGAUAUUCCUCAUCCAACAGUCCUCGUUUCCAAACCUCCUGAAUUACACUAAACUUCUGCAUCCUUCCUGCUUAUGCACCCGAGGACACUCCCAAGGUUCUGCUUUGUCACAUGUUGAGGCUGACAUUUUAGCAAAGCUGCACACCUUUUCUUAAACGUAACAAGUUUUGGGGUUGCUUGAAGUUAUUCUGUAAAUUAAAAGAUAACUGCACGUUCGCUGGGCCUAAAAGGUUUAGGGUUUGUUUCUUCUGCAGUAGCAAACAACUGAGAGGGAACAUAAGCACCAAAUCAUGCCAAACCAAUUGUUUGAAGGAAGUGUACCUUUUUAGUUGCACUCUGAAGCUGCAUUCUUGUUGCAGGUGGAGACAGAACCCACAGAGUCUUUAAAAUCCUUCUGUGUAUGUGUACAUUUUCAAUAAAGUCUUUGAACUCCA